UCAACUGUACAGUUCGCUAUGUUCUGUACAAUCCACCACCGGGUCUAACCGCUUUUCCUCCACACCUUAUUUUCCUAGCUGGAAUAGCUGGUGGCACCAGCAAUCUGCUGGGAAGCGGGGAAUCCAAAGUCGGCCCAGCGGCUGGAAUUUACUUUACCAUCUUGGGGGAAAUGGCCCAUGGAUUGAGAAGAUUGACGGCAUUCUUGAGGUCGGAGCCUCUGGAAUUGGUCCACCGCAGGGGUGUGUUGUGGACGGCGUGCACAUGGUAAUCAUUCCUUGAGCUACCCCCGUGUUUUACUUCCCAUCACGGGCCAUUGUUUCUUCUGCUGCAAGUAUUUGGGCUGGCCAGUUCCAGCUCUCGGCCUGAUUAUUGGAAUCGGCGGUUCGAUAUUGCUGCCCACUUCCAAGUUUCGUCUCCCACUCUUAUCUAUAAUUUAGUUGUUUCUUUACUGAAACCAGUGCGCGUGUAUUUAGAUGUCAAGACAUGCAGAGAGGUAUCCCACAUCCAGUGCUGGGGGACGUCAUCUGGAUCUUCUCUCUCGGAUCAAAGCUGCAGGCCUGAUGAAUGGAACCCUUGCAUUCCUGAACAAUUGGACAUAUAUUACUCAGGAUUCCCAUGGCGACUUUGAUCAGCUUAUUAGCCACGGGCCUUAUGCGGGAACUUUGCAAGCCUUCACUACUGGAGUGAGACUGCGAACUCGUUACUCCCAUCUCCUUUCUCUCAGAAACCAUACCCGAUUCUGGGCCAGUGACUGCAAACGAGUUAUCGACUCAGCGCGAUACUUUGCGACCGGGUUCUUUGGCUCGAACUGGGAGACAAAAAACAUUGCUACUCUCGAGGUUAUUCCCGAGACGGCUGAUCGUGUCGCUGAUACCCUGACUCCUGGCGACACAUGUAUUAAGUACCUCGACGAUCCCGAUCAUGGACAUGACAAAGGACUUAAAAUGCUGGCAGAGUUUCAAGAGGCUUACAUACCGCUUAUCUCGAAAAGGUUGAUGAGAGAGAACCCAAAUAUCAAGUUUACUAACUCGGAAAUAUACAGUAUGCAGGAAAUGUGUGGUUUUGAGAUUUUGACACGAGGUUCAAGCCCUUGGUGCGAUGUUUUCACUUUGAACGACUGGGAACAUUUUGAGUAUGCCAGAGAUUUAUUACAUUAUUACCGCGCCGGUCCAGGGAACCCAUAUGGAGCGACGAUGGGGUGGCUGUGGUUAAAUAGGACAACCGAAUUACUUUUACACCCUUCGAACCAAGGAGAUAUGUUCUUUAGCUUCGUCCACGAUGGCGAUAUUGCACCCAUGCUCUCCGCACUCAAAAUAUUUGACGACACUAGGGACCUAACAACCACUCACAUCGCGGGCAACCGAAACUGGCGGACUUCGCAAGUCAUGCCCAUGGGUGGCAGGAUCAUAUUCGAGCGUUUAAACUGCGAACCCGGAGAAAUGAAAAAUCUAAGCGACCCGAGAGAUAGCCCAGAAGAUGAUAGAGCAUCACGCUUCAUUCGAAUUAAUAUAAACGAUGGCAUCGUCACCUUACCCGAUUGUAAUUCUGGCCCUGGUGGAAGCUGCCCCUUAGCCAAUUUUGCGGAGAGGACUCGCGUACGCGGCGAAGAGGUGGGUAACUUUGAGACUGUCUGUGGGCUCGAUGGUAGUGAGAAGGGGAGUAUCACGUUCCUGAGACAACAAUAACAAGCAGGGCCCCCCUAAACCCCGGUGCUGGAUUGGAAUUGUUGCGCGCUGAAAUUCCAUACUCACCGUGCUAUGUUGCUCUUUCAGCAAUUGGCGCUUAGUAUUCUUUUUUUCCCUC